AAAUCCCAAUACCCCAAAACCAGCAUACAUUUCUCGGUGCAAGAUCAGAGUUCGAAGAAACCCUACCGUGGUUUGCUGAGCCGACGGUCGCUAGCGCAAAAGUUUUCCUUACUUGACACUGUAAUUGUGCAAGAUACCCGUGAACGCCAACGUCAGCGUAGUGUAAACCAGGCGUUUGGAGAACUUCGGUUGCUCUUGCCCACUUAUCCACCGGACAAGAAGCUCAGUAAACACGAGAUACUUCGUUCCAGCAUCAAAUACAUUCAUGUGCUUGAAGCGAUUUUGAAGUACCAGGAAGAGGUUGAUGGCCUACCCCCUGCAGCGAUGUCUACGCCGGAAUCGCAAAAGCGGACUCAUUUGUGUCGUGAUCGAACGAAGCAACUGAGGACCAUGAUAACUGCUGACGAAAGACUUGUCGAUCUGGAACACGCAGACGACAUCGCUCUGGUGCUCGAACAGGAGAAGGCACAGGUGUUUUUGGAUGAUCUGACUAGUCAUCCCGUUAUUUCUAUGCGUUUUGCAUUUCCAAAGUUCCACUUACAACUUAAGGGAAGGUACCAGGAUACUUUGGAGCGUUUCAAUUAUUUUAGGUGUAUUAGUUCCGAUUGCAGUGUGAUAAUUCUGGCUUCCUAUGACAACAAAGCGCCCUCUGUGCGCCUAACUAAAAGAUCCAUACCAUCUUCAAUGGAAUGUUCGAGGGAAAACCUUAGUAACAAUGAGACCGAUGUCGCCGAUAUGAGAGGCGAGACACCUAGACGUUGGCAACCUUUUCGGUCUUUGAAAUCGGCUGUCCGCGGUUGUCUGUCACCUCCCCGAAACAAGACAUGUUGUGAAUUCAAAGGACACAAUCUCUCAAUUGAUGCGGAGUCACUGCCGAGCCCAUCUACGGAUAACCAAACCAAAACGCACUCUGGUGCUCGUUUUGUCUCUACAGGAUUCUCGUUGAUUGGCUACACAUUUUUUCUGCAACUUGGACUGCAUUUGAUGACGUUUGUUCUGAAAGGACUUGCUUAUCAUCGCCUUGAUACGGCUAGUCUCGGUUUAGUCAACGUACGUUUAGGGUUGUUCUACACAACCUUGAUGUUCAUCUCGCGUGAUGCGUUCCGUCGUGCUUUUCUGAGCCGCGGCGGCCAGUUGCUGAUUCAAGCCAAUUCUUCUGUGGAUGAAGACUCCGAAGAAUCUAUUCGAUUAGCAAGUCGUGGUAGAAGGCGUCGACCUCUUUCCCGUCUAGCGGGGUUGAUUGAUCUGGCCUGGGCAAUUCUUCCGCUUGGGAUGAUAACCGCCGUUAUCCUACUAACCGUCUGGAUCCGAGUUCUUCCGUCACCCAGCUCUCUGGCCUCCAAACAUGGUGAAAUGAUGCUGCCUGUUGAGGUACUCCAGGAGCGUUAUGUCAAUUGUCUGUUGGUCUACGCACUGUCCGGCCUGUUCGAACUGUCGACUGAGCCAUUCUGGUUAAUUUGCCAAUUGUCCCAUUUGAUCGGGAGUCGCAUUGUCAUCGAGGCGCUAGCGAAUUUGGCCCGAGCUGUCGGAAUCGCCAUCGCCAUAUUCACCGUCUCCUCAGACUAUGCCAUUUACUCCCUGGCGUUGCCUCAGAUUUUGCACGGUACCACACUACUUGUGGCUUAUCUAAUCUACUUCUCUUACACUCUCCGAAAACGUGGGGACGAUGGUGACUGUGGUGAUAGAGCCCUCGAAGGUGUCCAUCGGUUCCGAGACAUAUUCCCACGAGUCUCCAAAUACGAGAUCGACCGACCGGCAUUGAAGUUGGCUCGGAGUCUAUUUGGCCAAGGCUUGCUGAAGCAGCUGCUCACUGAAGGUGAACUUUAUUUGAUCAGCGCGUUUAACCUGUUGAGCUUUACGAACCAAGGAAUUUAUGAUAUGGUCAACAAUAUUGGCUCCAUCGCGACCAGGCUCUUGUUUCUACCUAUGGAAGAAAGCUGUCAUUUUGUUUUCAACCAGUGUCUUGUACGCAAUAUCCCACCCAAUCAGCAAGAUCCGGAACUAUUGAACAGUGUUUUUCGAAUCUUCCGUACUGUACUGCGGACAUGCAGCCUAGUUGCUUGGAUCGGCGUCACAUUUGCUCAAGCCAAUUCCUGUCUCUUGUUGACCGUUUAUGUGGGUCCAGCGCUGGGGGAAAAUGUACUGGCUGUUAGCUUACUUCGUCUUUAUGCUGCCUACGUGUUACUGUUAGCUUGGAACGGAUCCACGGAAGCGUUUUUGAACGCAGCGAUGUCUUCCCACGAGGUGUCAAAACACAACGAACGCCUAAUCAUCUUCUCCUUCGUGUUCCUCGGUGCAAACUGGCUUUUUGUCCCAUGGUUGGGUGCUCAUGGAUUCGUGGUAGCCAACUGUAUUAACAUGUUCAGUCGAAUAGCCUACAGUUGCUACUAUAUUAACCGAUUUGUAACCUCUACUGGAAGUACACCGCAGACGGACGAAUAUUCCCUGCGGUCGGUCGGCAAGGAUAACAAGGAGCUGGAAAAUGACUCUCGGGAAGCUGUUUGCGGCUUCUCUUUGCUCCAACUGAUGUUUCCGUCCGUGAAGGAGUCCAUCGUCCUUCUUCUCAGUUUAGCAGUGACGCUGGUUUCCGAGCACUUUUUCUGCUGCACAUAUGGAAUACCUUCGGCUGCUCUACACGCGACGAUCACUGCCUGUGCCCUAUGUAUUACUUUGUUCGUAAUGUUCCGUGAAGAAUCUGACCUACUCCAAAUACUGAGAAAGGAGGUCUUACGCAAGAAGAUUGAAUAAACAAAUUUUCACCACGAGCUCAAUGCCUUAUUUGGCCGUUUUACUCCCAAGAAAUGUGCAUGUCAACAAUUGUAUGACAAAUUGUCUUUCAUUCUGCUCCUUGCCCAGUGAGACGUGCAAUCUAUCAACUUUAUUUUUGAUCCUUUUCCCUGCAGAACAAGCCCCUGGCGCUUGUAUUUGUUACAUUUAAGUUUUCUCCUGCGAGACCUGCAAUUUGUGCUUCAAAGCACUCGAAUAUAUUCCCACUACGAAGUCUUCA